AUGAUCAGCCAAAGGGCUAUUGAGGCCAACCCAGAGAAGAUCCAGGCCAUUUUAGACAUGACGAUACCCAAGACGGUCAAGGACAUUCAGAGCCUUACCAGGCGUGUCGCGGCCCUGACCAGAUUCAUCAACAAGGCUACCUAUCGAUAUGCCUCAUUCUUCAAGGCACUUAAGGGUAGCAAACACAGCAUUACCUGGACUGCCAAGUGUGAUCAGGCCUUCAGCAAGCUCAAGGAAUACAUGGGCCGAGCCCUUUUAUUGUCAACCCCUGAGCCUGGGGACGUCAUCACCAUCUAUUUCUCCGUCUCGGUCAUAGCGGUUAGCUCAGUGCUCAUUCGACCACACGAUGUUGGGUAA